UCAGCGGAUCCAAACAGCGGACCCUCAGCGGUGAUCCGCAACCUUGAGGCGGUGCUUCCACCCCCCGAGAGUGGGGUCUUCCACCUCGUGGUGACCGAUCGGUUUUAUACAUCGGUGCAACUGGCACUCCAACUACUGCACCGGAACGUCUACAGUAUCGGCACUAUCACAGGCGACAAGGUUGGAUACCCGCCACAACUUGUCGAGAAGAAUCGUGACCGGCCCAAACGACUCCCGCACGGAACGACAAAAAUGGCAGUAGCAAAAAGCUGUCCUAUGAUGACGGGCUUGGUAUGGUGGGAUCGAAAACCUGUGCAGUUCUUGGGAACAGGAGUAAGUCGAGCCAUGGAGACGUGUGGUAAGUACUUGCGAGGA